AUGGCGAGGGAAUGGAGCAGCGAUCAGAAUUUGGAGAUAGUUCAUCAUAAAGGAGAACCGAGAAUGGAACAACCGAGCCCCUGCGAUGCGAUAGUAGUACGGACGGAUGCAGCGUGGGAGGCUUCCCGACAGGUUGCAGGGUUAGGAUGGAUCCGACUAGGUCGACCAACAAACCAGACUUUCAAAGGUCAUGUGGAGUUUGUUACAUCGCCAUUGAUGGCCGAAGCUCUAGCGCUACGAGAUGCGAUCCUCACCUGCAAAAGAAUGAAGAUAAAGAAGUUGAGGUUUGAGUCGGACUCCGCUCAACUAAUCAAGAUUGUCAACUCGAAGUCGAGUGUCCCGGAACUUCAUGGCGUUGUUUCUGAUAUAUUAGCUUGCUCUCUUGCUUUUGAAUUUGUUUGUUUCGUGUGGAUCCCUCGGGAGAGGAACACCAUUGCAGACUUGUUAGCCAAAGAUGCCUUAAUUGCAUCAGUACAAUGUGUGGUUGUUGGUGCUGUUAAUGCCCACAACUAA